AUGCCACCUGUCAAAGAAGACAUCAAAGUCGCCGUUAUGGGCCUCGGCCUCGGCGGCCUCGCCCUCGCCAAGAGCAUGGCGAAGGUCCAUCGCGUCUGCGCCUUCGACUACUGCUGGGAAGGACCCCACGACCCGGUCAAGAACAUUUGGUGGUCGGACAACCCCUACGACCUCUCCUUCGCCACACACUUCAUCAUCGCGGAUUCAUGCUCGCGCCGCUACACUGGGAGGGAGUUCGAAGCCUGGGUGACGGAUAUCCUCUGGGCGCGAAGUAUCAUCCGAGCGGCCCUCGUUGGCAGAGAAUCCCCCGCCACCAUCAUCCUGGCGAGCGUGGUGCCCGAGGGGGGCCUAACCAAAAAGCUCCUUGGAGAGUUUCAUGCCGCAGGACAUCGACUUGGCGUUGCACCACAGCCCGACUUGGACUUCGGCGAAGAUGGAAUUCUCCGUCGCAUCCCAAAGCUUGUUGGGGGCAUUGAUCGCGAAUCGGCGAGGAGUAUUGGUUCGCUGUACGAGUCUGUCUUCGGCAGAAGCGAGGUGGAACCGCCGGGCAAGCUAGAGUUUGCUGAGGCCGCCACAGCUCAUGGUUUUUUGAUGGAUAUUGAGUUAUUCGCGAGAAUAUACAAGCUAAUGGGAGAUUAUAUCGACCGUGCGGAAGAGGAGUACGGUGAAGAAUGGUCUGAUGAUGAGGGCUCCGAUUAA